CGUGCGCAUGCGCAGUUAUCACUGGUGGUUUGGAAACAAACUGCACCAGGAAGAAGAGCGGAGGAGAUCAAGCGAAGAAGAAAGGACUUUGAAGUGUUUGGACAUACUUUGUACUUGGCAGCAGAGAGCUUUGGAGAAGCCAAGUCGCCUCCAACAUGGCUGCUGCUCCUACUGCUCCUCCUCCAUCCUUCAGCAAAAGUAGCCUGAGGGACGACCUGACAUGCGCCAUAUGCUGCGACCUGUUCAGGGAGCCUGUCAUGUUGUCCUGCAUGCACCACUUCUGCAAGGCGUGCAUCUCACGGUACUGGAGGGGAACUACGGGCCCCGUGACCUGCCCGCAGUGCCGCAAAGAGUUCAGGUCCAAGCAGUUCCAGACCAACUACCUGGUGGCAGCCAUGGUGGAGAAGGUUCGGUCCUCCACUUCAGACACCUACAUCCGGAAUCUGGAGAAAAGGCUGAGUGAGAGCUUGGAGAACCACAACGCAAGGAAAGAGGACCUCCUCUGCAGCAUUCGCAAAGACAAAGACAAGAUGGAUAUCAUAAAGAGGGUCGGAGCAGAUCUGCAGGAGCGCGUCAAGGGCGAGUUCCGAGCUCUGCAUCAGAUCCUGCAGGAGGAGGAGACCUGUUUGCUGGAUCAGCUGAGACGGGAGCAGGAGGAGGAACUGGAGAAGGUCCAGCACCACCUGCAGGCUGCAGAGUCUGCUAUGCGGGAACUAGAGAACAACAUUAAACUGCUACAACAGUCCAACAAUUCACUUACCGAGUUCCCACAGUUAAGCCCCUGUGUGGAGGUGAAUGUAGCGCCGGAUUUCAAUAUAAGUGCCUUCAGCAGCAAAUACUUCGCUCCGCUACAAUACGUCACAUGGAGGAAGAUGUUCAACAGCCUAAAGCCAGGUCCUGCUUCCUUAACGUUUGACGCCGACACGGCACAUCCUAGCAUUCAUGUCUCCCGGGACAAAACCGUGGCGGUCGAGUGUGAUGUCAUGACCCAGCCCACGAGCAACAGCAAGCGUUUCCUCCAGUGCGUCAACAUCCUGGCCGCCCAGAGCUUCCAGUCAGGGCGACAUUACUGGGAGGUCGAAGUGGGCUCCAGCCCUAAAUGGGACCUGGGCGUGGCUUCCGAGACCGUGGACAGGCACGCUCGGAUCAAGCUGAGCCCCGAGAACGGCUACUGGACCCUACGGCUGCGCAACGGGGAACAAUACUGGGCCGGGACGCAGCCGUGGUCGAGGCUGCAGGUCGCUUCAUCCCCGCAGAGGAUCGGGGUGUACCUGGACUGCGACGAAAGGAAGGUGGCGUUCUACGACGCUGACGACAUGAGCCUGCUCUGCUUGUUUAGCAAGGGGCCAAGGGGAAAGGUGUUCCCCUUCUUCAGCCCGUGCAUCACUGAAGGCAGGCAGAAACCGCAUCCCAUGAAGCUCCUUCAUUACCCCUCCGUGGUUCUGUCUGGCUAAAGCCAGUCGAUGCGGCUCCACAUUAAAAACCUUUUAUUGACCAAAGGCUUGGCAAACAGUAUUUAGAAGGCCUCACUGCCAUUUCACGUAUUAUUACAUCAUAGAGUUUAACUCAAGCUUUUCUCAAAUUUUAUCUAAGCAGUAAUCAUGAUAGAUUAGCAUUUUAUUGAAACAGGUACAGCUUUCGCUCAUGAUCUUUAGCCCCUCGAUGAAGGGGUUUUUAAUCAGCAUGUAUAAAGUUCGUACUUGGGAGAGGUUGGAUUUGUUUUAAUGGUUCCUCUUGUUUUAUGCAUGAAUUAUGCAUAUUUUCAAAUGUAUAUGCAUGCAUUGUUUCAUUGUCGCCU